CAAUCUCUCGCCAAAGACGCGCCACGGAUUUUUCGCGGUGCCAGAAUCAAUGCUGUUGCUCCUGGUGCCGUAGAAACACUACGAUUUCAAGACGAAUGUCAGAAGUUUGGGAAGGAAUGGGAGUGGGAAGAAUGUCAGGCUACGGUCCCGAUGGCCAAGUCUGUGCCUGCGGAAGAUGUUGCUCGUACGAUUUUGUUCCUUGCGAGCGAGAAGUGGAGUGGUACUACGCAUGGACAGGUGCUACAUGUGGAUGGAGGCAAGACGGGGAGUGUG